AUGCCUCUAGCGCUUUGCAUAUCACGAACAAGUUUAACAUGGUUGGUAAGCAAACAUUACCACAAGAAAGAAAGGAAACUCAGAAUCUCCCCCGCCCCUCCACCCACACACCACGCGGGCGGCCCGCGACCGCCCCGACCUUUGGCCCCGUCGCCUGAGCCCCCGCUGCCGGCGCAGUCCGACGCCGCCGCCCCGCCUCCUGGCCUAGUGGACUGGCCAGGGGGCAGAGGCCGUUUGUAA